UGCUAUUACAUUCCUCUGCUACCAUUGCAUUAUUUCAAUGCCAAAAGAGGGGAAUUGAAAAGAAAACAAAAAAACAUUAGAGAAAACAAAAAGAGACAAGAAUACAAAAAUUUCUUUUUGUUGUACAAAUGGCGGUUCAUUAACAAAUUGAAACGCUAACCGAACCGAAACAUAUGGGAAAAGUUAAAUAGUUGUUUAAAACAAGGGAAUAGUUUGGAAUAGAGAGAGUUAAGACAGAAAAAGAAACAAUAGUAAAAGAAGGUGGAAAAAAAGACCGACACAACGACAAAACACAGAAGAGAAGCGUGUGUGUUAAUUUAUAAUUUUUUGUGUGGUGUUAUAAAAGGCUAGAGGAAUUAUUAUUUUAUUAAAAAAAAACGGAAUAAAAUCAAGAAAAUUUAAUAAAAUUUUGAUUUUGUUAUUGCUUUGCGGGCAAAAAGGAAAUUGAAUAAAAAAAAGUUUUAAAAAUUUAAAGGAAAUUGUGGGUUUUUCACUUUUAAAAGAAAGCCACAAAAUACUUUAGAAAAGAGGAGGAAAAUCUUAAAACCAUUUUCUUCUCUCACAUUUAAGAUAGACAUUGAACUUGUUGUAAAGCAGGAAAUUUACAAAAAUAAAAGAAAAUUAAAAGUAUUUUUAACUAUUAAGCAAAAUAAAAGAAAAUUUUGCAAAAAUUAAUAAAAACUCAAUUUGCUGAUUGUAUUAAAUAUUACGUCUUUUAGAGCUGCCAACAUAUCAACGAGCGUGCAGCGAUCGAUUGAUCAUUAAGUGGUUGGCAGAAGCAGAUCAUCAUCAUCACCCAAACCCAGCAACAGCCACCCAGAAGUAAUAGUAGCAAAUAUUUUCUGCUAUACACACGCACAGACACAUAUCGUCUCAUCCAAAGGAAGAAAAAAAAAAAAGAAACACUAUCCCCUGUUUGUCUAACAAUAGAAGUCCAAACAAGAUUUAUCAUUAACAUACGCACUUUUUCAACAUUUUCGCCUUCACUCAACUCAACACGUACGCAAGGUGCGCGCUUUAAGCAGCCAACAUACAUAUAGUGACAAGUUCUUGUACAACAAAUCAAAAGCCGCCAACAACAAAUAUUUUCUUGAUCUGAAGAAAACUUGUAAAGGAAAAAUAUUACCCUUAACAUUAGCAAUAGCAACAUAAUUUUUAUUAUUUAACUGCAACAGCAGCAGCAACAAUAAGAAAAUAACAGCAACAACAACAACUACAGCAAACAUGGAAAAAAGAAUAGAAUUGGAAAGACGCGCUCGUAAAGCUAAUCAAAUUACAGAAUUAAAUUUGGACAAUUGCCGAAGUACAAGCAUUGUUGGCCUUACCGAUGAAUAUACGGCGUUGGAAUCUCUAAGUCUAAUUAAUGUUGGCCUUACAACAUUAAAAGGUUUUCCCAAAUUGCCCAAUUUAAAGAAACUGGAAUUAUCAGAUAACAGAAUAUCAAAUGGCCUCAAUUAUUUGCAUACUAGCCCAAAAUUACAAUAUUUAAAUUUAUCCGGUAAUAAAAUCAAAGAUUUAGAAGCCUUAAAACCCUUGGAAGAAUUUAAACAUUUAGCCAUAUUGGAUUUAUUUAAUAAUGAAGCAACACAAAUUGAAAAUUAUCGUGAGAAAAUUUUCGAAAUGUUGCCUUCAUUAAGAUUUUUAGAUGGGUUUGAUUGUAAUGAUGUAGAGGCGCCUUCAGAAGGUGAUGACGAGGAAGACAAUUUAAAUUAUUAUGAUAAUGAUGAAGAUGACAAUGAAAGUGAUGAAGAAAAUGAUAGUGAAAUGUAUGGCAGUAGCGAUGAUGAGGAUAAUGAUGUUUCAUUAUCUGAGGUUUACAAUGAUGAUUUAGAGGAGGAUGAAGAUGAAUGGGAUGAAGAAAAUGCCGCUGAAAAUGAUGAUGAUGAAGAUGAAGAUAGUGAUGAGGAUGAGGCCAAUGAUUCAGCUGUAGCAGCAAAUGCUGAUAAAGAUGGUGGCGAGGGCAAUGCUAAUGCCGAAGAAACCCAGGCAAGGGGUAAGAAAAGAAAGCAUGAGGGUUAAAGCCAUGAACUUCAACAAAUUCUCGGUUAAUCAUCCCGUUAUUUUCCAUGUGUUUUUUUUUUUUUAUUAAAUCUUUAUAUACAUCGUCGUUUUUAUAUUAAUGCAUCAUAAUUUUACUUUAUACAAAACAAUUAUAAAAAGAGAAAAAACAUUUGCAAGUUUUAUUUUUCGUAUAAGAAAAGCUGAAACAAAAUCAAAUUAAUAUUUAAGUCUAAAAAGAAAAAUUAAGAGAAAAUUUAACAGUUAAACUUUAAAAUACCCAAAACACCACUUUUUAAGUAAAACAAAAACAAAAUAUAUUAUAUAUUAUAAAAUAAAGGAUUUCAUUUACAAUUAUAACAAAAAAACAAAAACAAGAAUAGAAAUAUUUACAAAAACAACACACCACAGACACAAUUAUCUUUUGUUUUUUCGGAACAGUAUAUGAAAAUAUUAUAGUAUAUAAAAGAAAAACCAACAACAAUAGCAGUAACAACAAAUAACAAAAGUAUGUAUUGUGUAUUUAAUAGAAAGAAGCAGAAAAAAAACUACAAUUCCCCCUUUUUCUUUUACAAAAAAAAAA